GGUGGCAACUCUGAAACAGCAGGUUGUAUUUCAUUUACGCGCAACUCAAUUUUAGUUAUUCCCAUUUUUUUUUUAAUUUAUAUUACGAAUCGAACGAUAAAAACAAAAUAAAACAUGGACAAUUUAAAGGAUAUACUGAAAUCUUACGAAUCCUGGGUAGCCAAGAAUCCCGACAUGGUUGGCGAUUUUGAGACCACAGCCAAAUGGGUCUCAUAUUUCGUAGCAGGUCGCAUAUCAUCCUCGAAUGUUGUAUCCGAGCUCGUCUACACGUUGUCCAACAUGCUGGUCUUUUACAAUGAUCGCAUCAUUGAGAAAUCGCGUCGCCGGAAUAGUACCGACUCUGUACUCCAGCGGCAAUCUAAACUUUGCUAUCGACUAAAGGUCACUCUGACCACACUUGAGUACAGUGAGGUGUUCAUUGAGAUAUCGGCUAGACGUUUGCUUGGUCAGACUGGCCGAUGGCUGGUAAUUGCCCUAAUUCAAGUCUUCAAGGCAGCCGGAAGAUUCUUCAUUCUGCGGCAUUCAACAUCGGAUAUAAUAACAUCACCACCGAUUGCCGCACUCAACCGUAGGGCCCUCAAGAAGCAAAAACCUGUGGUGACAGACGAAAAUCAGGCGAUGAAUUCUGUCAACUCUCAGCAUUCCAUUACCUUCCAAUUGAAGAGAUCUGGACGUGUAAUACGCAAAGUGGAGGGCGCUCCACCAAUUCAAUAUCGGGACUUUAAGCUUCAUGUAGACAACGCCGAGGCGGCUAGAACUCAAAUACCUCGAGAACUGAUGCAAGCCGAAUAUUUGUAUAUAUCAAAACCACUAAUUCAUUUGCUUUCUAUGGGCGUGUUUGGUCGUCGCAGCUGGAAACAAUAUGCCAUUGCCCUCAGCCUUGAUCUCUACAGUGUGCAUCUGUAUCGUCAGCAUCGCCAUUUGAUGUCACAGCAACAGAAACUGGAACUGAGCCGUCGUUGCAUCAAUCUUCUAUAUUACUUGGUACGCUCUCCAUUCUAUGAGAACUAUACCGAGUCAAAGAUAAAUAGAAUUUUGGGUUUUGUGGCCGAAAGUGUCCCCAUUGCCAAAGUAGUAGCUGGACCACUCCGUGACUACAUUCCGACGUGGCAAAAUAUAUAUUUCUAUUUGUGGUCCACAUAGAAAUAUUCAAUAAUUUAUAAUAAACAGGAGCAGGAUAAUUAGCAGCGAGUAUUUUCUUUAGUGUAAGUUGUAAAGUUGACAUGGCAUGAAUGGAUGGUGGAAAUGUAUUUUUUUAAUUCAAAAAUAAAUUGUUUAUAUAUAUAUACUUAUAUUAUAUAUAAAACACAUUUGCAUUUUAACAUAAA